GCCUCACAGCAUUAAAAACAGUACAAUUAAAAACGGGCGCGACGGCAGCGCUUUUACGACAGAGGGGGGUGGCGUCGCUUUACGGCGGAAGGAGAAGAAGAGGAGAAGGAGGAGGAAAAGGAAGAGGAGGGAGCAAAACAAAGAGGCGGCGGAGGAGGGAGAGGCGGCGAUGGCGGGGCGCUGAGGUAAAGAGAAUGAUAGAAAGGAAAGAUAUAAGAAUGUUGACCUUUCUAUGGUUGUAUAAUGGAAGAAAACAUAACAGAGGAUGUCUGUACUAGAUCGCUUGGAUGGCUUCAGCGACAAGAUAAUGAUGCUAAACCAUGGCUCUGGAAAUUGUCUAGUUGUUUUUCAGCUACUGAUCAGAGUCUUCCUCUCAACCCCCAAACGAACGAGUACAUGGAGAAUAAAACAGCUACUGUGGAGUUGAAGGACACUCCAUCCAUUCAUUCUGCUUCUUCAGAACAGUUUACAGCUGUCCCCCUUCCUGAUUUGCACUCUCUUCAACAAAUGCAAAUACAACUUUCACCUGGUUCUAAAGUAAGCUGUUGUACUCAUGGUUCUGACUCUUCCUCUCAUGCUCCUCGGCUGCACCUUGGUGGUGGCGGCAGCAGCGGUGGUGGUAGUUCAGUUCACUCUGGCACAAUGUUAGACUCAAAAGGCUCUGGGACAAUCACUUGUCAAAUAGGGACAGGGUUUGCUUAUCAGUCUGCAUCCUCACUCAAGACUGUUUCGGCUAGAAGCGGCGUGACAGGCAUUGCCAGCGACUUGUCCAGAGUGUGCCUGGAAAACAGUGUCUCUACCUGCUCACAUUUCCCAUGCUGUGGAAAACUCCACUUCCAGUCCUGUCACAGUAAUGUGCACAAACUACAUCAGUUUCCUACUCAUCAGAGCUGUGCGACCUCGGGUUAUUUUUCCUGUUCUGAAUUCUCAAGUGGGGCUGCAGGGCUUUUGGAGGAACAUGUUACACAAUCGGAGCGAACGUCUUGUGUUUGUACCAACUCUCUGCACCUGAAAGUGGCACCUUCAGUUUGUUUAAAGGGCUCUCACUACUGCACUGAGUGUUUAAGUAAGCCAUCCAGAGAGAGUUUGGUUGAGGCUGUUAAAAUAUGGCCAAAUAUUCCUCCUCCAAAUGCACAAGCUGCUGCACCUGUCUCCCUCCCAAUAUGUAAUGGCUGUGGAACCAAAGGAGCAAGAAAAGAGAAGAGUUUACUCUUGGCAAGCAGCUUUGGCCAGUUGCCACAGAAAUACGGAUCUCCAGAUGUUGCUAUAACAGGUCAGCUGCUAGAAAACCUACCUCCCAUUGGAGUCUUUUGGGAUAUUGAGAAUUGUUCUGUUCCUUCUGGCCGUUCAGCUGUUGCUGUUGUACAGCGAAUUCGUGAAAAGUUUUUUAAAGGGCACAGAGAGGCAGAGUUCAUUUGUGUUUGUGACAUCAGUAAAGAAAACAAAGAAGUUAUUGAAGAAUUGAACAACUGCCAGGUAACAGUUGCACACAUCAAUGCCACAGCAAAGAAUGCAGCUGAUGACAAACUCAGACAGAGUCUUAGGAGAUUUGCUGAUACACAUGCCGCUCCAGCCACUGUGGUCCUCGUAUCAAGUACAUCUGAUGUGAACUUUGCCCUUGAAAUCAGUGAUUUAAGGCACCGCCAUGGUUUCCACAUAAUCCUGGUGCAUAAAAAUCAGGCGUCUGAAGCACUUUUACAUCAUGCUCAUGAACUUGUCAGAUUUGAAGAAUUCAUUUCUGAUUUGCCUCCAAGAUUACCAGUGAAGAAACCAGCAUGCCACACACUUUUAUAUGUUUACAAUCUGCCAACUAACCGAGACAGCAAAAGUGUUUGCUACAGACUUCGGCGUUUGUCAGACAACUGUGGGGGGAAAGUCCUUACCAUUUCUGGCAGCCGUGCAAUCCUCCGCUUCUUAAAUCAAGAUAGUGCUGAGCGUGCUCAGAAGCGAAUGGAGAAUGAAGAUGUCUUUGGCAACAGAAUUCUUGUGUCUUUUACACCUCAAAACAAAGAACUUGCUGAAACCAAGAAUUUGAGUUCUACAGGAGCAGAAAAAGUGAAGUCUCCAAAAAAAGUGAACAAGAACACAAAGCUAUGCCUCAUGAACAGAGAGUCAAAUGAUCAAUCUUCUGCCACUAAAGCUGUUGUGGGGAAAAACUCUCAAGCACAUGGCACAGCUCCAAAGAACACAAAUGUUAAGAGCUUACAGGAACUGUGCCGUGUGAAGUCAAAAACUAUGAAAGGCUCUGAGAACUGCCAAGACCAGCUAAGAGUGGAUGUUGCUUCCUCACUAAAUAACUCCAUGGCAAAUUCUGUAUCCCCAGUAAACAGAAAGACAGGAACAGGCGAAUCCAUUCUUAAAAGCAAUCAAAAGAAAGAUUUACCUGCACCCAGAAGCAUCAGCAACUCCCCAGUGGAGAGAAAAGAGAAGAACGAUGUGUUCCAAGUUAGCUACCCAUCUGCUUUCAGCAUGCUCACGGCAUCAAGACAGCUCAGUCCUAUUUUGGUAUCUCAAAGCUGCUGGUCAUCAAGGAGUGUGUCUCCAAACAUCUCAAACAGAUCUUCUCCUCUCACUUUCAAUAUCAUAAAUCAUACGGGUAAUGCAGACUGUUUAGAUCCAUAUGCAAAUGGAGUGGACAUUCAAGUCAGCAAUGUAGACUACAGAUUGUCCAGAAAAGAACUGCAGCAAACCUUGCAAGAAUCAUUCUCUAAACAUGGGAAGGUAAAGACUGUAGAACUCAGCCCUCAUACUGAUUAUCAGCUGAAGGCUUUAAUUCAAAUGGAGAAUCUACAAGAAGCAAUUAGCGCUGUCAACAGCCUACACAGAUGUAAAAUUGGCAGCAAGAGGAUCCAGGUCUCUCUAGCUACUGGAGCUACCAAUAAAUCUCAGGCAUUAGUUAGUGCAGAAGCCAUAUCCAUUCUUCAAGAUGCUCCAGCUUGUUGUCUGCCUCUUUUCAAGUUCACAGAGAUCUACGAAAAAAAGUUUGGACACAAAUUAAACGUGUCAGACUUGUAUAAAUUAACUGACAUUGUAGCAGUCCGCGAUCAAGGCAAUGGGCGACUUGUAUGCCUCUUACCUAGCAGUCAAGCUAGACAAAGCCCUUUGGGGUCUUCACAGUCACAUGAUGGUUCUUCAGCUAACUGUAGUCCUAUUAUAUUUGAAGAACUGGAAUAUCAUGAACCUAUUUGUAAGCAGCACUGCAUGAAUAAGGACUUUAGUGAACAUGACUUUGAUCCUGAUUCCUACAAAGUUCCCUUUGUGAUUUUAUCCCUGAAGAUUUUUGCACCCCAAGUUCAUAGCUUGUUACAAACCCAUGAAGGGACUGUUCCAUUACUGAGCUUUCCUGAUUGCUAUGCUUCAGAAUUUGGCAAUCUAGACAUGGUUCAGGAGGGCCAAGGAGGCGUUCCCUUCGAGCAUCUCAUCACAUGUGUUCCUGGUGUUAAUAUUGCUACUGCACAAAAUGGCAUUAAAGUUGUAAAGUGGAUACAUAACAAGCCACCACCUCCAACUACAGAACCUUGGCUUCUUCGUUCUAAGAGUCCUGUGGGUAACCCACAACUUAUUCAGUUCAGCAGAGAAGUGAUUGAUCUUCUUAAAAAUCAACCAUCAUGUAUCAUGCCUGUCAGUAAAUUCAUCCCAACAUACCAUCAUCAUUUUGCCAAACAAUGCCGUGUAUCUGAUUAUGGGUAUUCCAAGUUGCUGGAGUUGCUGGAAGCAGUGCCUCAUGUGUUGCAAAUUCUUGGAAUAGGUACCAAGCGUUUGUUAACUUUAACGCACAGAGCCCAGGUGAAACGAUUUACUCAAGACUUACUGAAGCUUCUCAAGUCCCAGGCCAGUAAACAAGUUAUUGUGAGAGAAUUCUUGCAAGCUUAUCACUGGUGUUUCUCAAAAGACUGGGAUGUAACUGAAUAUGGAGUGUGUGAGUUGGUGGAUCUAAUAUCAGAAAUUCCAGAUACAACCAUCUGUUUGUGUCAGCAAGAUAAUGAAAUGGUAAUUUGCAUCCCAAAGAGAGAACGUACCAAAGAAGAAAUUGAAAGAACAAAGCAGUUCUCCAAGGAAGUAGUUGAUCUGCUUCGUCAUCAGCCCUAUUUUCGGAUGCCUUUCAACAAAUUUAUCCCAUCCUAUCACCAUCACUUUGGGCGCCAGUGCAAGCUUGCCUAUUAUGGAUUUACCAAACUACUUGAACUUUUUGAAGCCAUACCAGAUGUCUUGCAGGUACUGGAAUGUGGAGAAGAGAAAAUUCUUACACUAACUGAUACAGAACAAAUCAAAGCUUUAGCUGCCCAAUUUGUUAAAUUGCUCCGAUCACAGAAAGAUAAAUGCCUUAUGAUGACAGAUGUACUCAUGGAAUAUGCUAAAACAUUUGGCUACGCAUUGCGUCUCCAGGACUAUGAUGUUAGCUCUGUUCCAGCUUUAAUGCAAAAACUUUGCCAUGUUAUCAAGAUUAUUGAUACAGAAUUUGGUAAACAGCUUCAGCUUAUAAAUAAAAAAUCUCUUCGGACCUUAACUGCACAACUUCUGGUGCUCCUGAUGACUUUGGAUGAUGCUACCUGUGUUUCUGUUGAGGAGCUUAGAAGGCAAUAUGAAACCACACAGGGAUCUCCCCUUAAUCCAUGUGAAUAUGGCUUCAUGACAUUUACUGAUCUCCUGAUGAGUGUGCCUUAUUUUAUUGAGGUUUUUAUUGAUGGAGAGGUAGAAUAUGUCAAGCUUACAACCUUGUAUGUAUUUGCCAAGAAAGUGAGGUCUUUGCUUCAUACCUAUCACUACCAACAGAUCUUCCUUCAUGAGUUUUCUACAGCCUAUACCAAAUACACAGGUGAAGUGUUGCAUCCUAAAGCAUAUGGUUACAGUAAUCUUGAAGAACUCCUCGGAGCAAUUCCACCGGUAGUAUGGAUAAAAGGCCAUGGUCAUAAGAGAAUUGUUGUCCUAAAGAAUGAUAUGAAAACUCGUUUUAACUCACCUAGUCUUCCUGUUGCUGAUGAGAAUACUGAAAAUCAGUUUGCUGAUGGCAGUGGACAAGCUAUAGAGCUAGCUAGAGCAAGCAAAUCCUUGGAACUGAACAUGGAAACACCAAAUGCUCCUGUUUCUAAUCAGACUGAGCAAGAACUGCUUUGCCUCACAAAUACAUCACCUGUUGAUCUUCUGUGUGAGCCACUCCCUUCCUGCUUACCUUCCCCACAGCUGAGACCAGACCCAGUCAUCCUUGAAUCAGUGGACCUCAUUCAGUUUGAAGAACAUCCACCAACCCUUUCUGAAACAAUGAUUUUAACUGAAGAAAAAGAGGAGACUGCUGGUGCUUCACAUUCUAAAGAAGAAUUAAGCCACUUCCUCAUAGCAUCUGAUGCUGCGCAAAAUACUUCAGCAUCUCCCCACCCAUCGUCCGAAUCCCAACUAAGCAAAGAACUCAUGGACAGUCCAGCCAAAAGGCAACAUAAAAACCGAGUAAAGUUGGCAGCAAAUUUUUCACUUGCACCUGUAACCAAGCUUUAACUCCGAUUGUGGUGUGAAAGGCAACACACUGUUAGAUUGCACAGCAAUUGGCUACCAUUUAUAUUCUUAAUCAUAGAUCAGAACAAGGGAGAGGCACUUGUGUUCUCUUUGUCACCAUCUGUGAAGGUUUGGUUCAAUUUACACUGAAUUCAGCUGGGCAGGUAUUUUUAUUUGAACUUCAAGUGUUAAGGAUGAGUUAACAUUUUUCCUUUUUUUCCAUUCUGUCAAAUGUCAGUAAAAAGCAAAUGAUAAACUUUGGUUUAGAGCAUGAUGGAAUUUAUGUUUCUAAAACCUCAUAAGUCAUGUAAUCCUCCAUUUAGCAUAUAAGUGUAUAGGCUAUUUCUGACAUUCAUUUUCAGACAAUAAUCCAGUGUGCAAUCUGUCUUGCAAAACAGUGUGUUGGGAAUAUUUUUAAAAAUCUGUUACUGGAUUGGAAUAAACCUGUAUUUGGAAUCUUCAGUGUUAAAUUGAUAUGGGUAAAACUUAGGAUGUUUUGGAUGACUUGUAACUGACACUUGUCAAAAGAUGACUGUAGAAAAUUGUUGGUUUGUUACAAAACCCCUUUUAAAUGCCUUUGGUACUAAUUCAGUUCCACUAAGGAGUCUUGUAGGAAGUUGAGGACAUUUUAAGCUUCCCUUUUUUAGUGCUCCAAGCUGAUGUUGAUCUGAAUGAAGAAAAUGCCUUCCUGUCAUGCAUUUUGAGGUGAACUUUGAAAUGCUUCUUACAUCUGCUGAUUAGAUUACUGGGAGUAUUUGAUAUUGCAAAAAUAUGCAUUUAAAUGCAUAAAUUAUGAAUCACAGCAGAGGUUAAAGGAUCUUUUUAAGAUGGAAGGUAAUGAUGCUACUUCCACUUGCAGAGUUGUGAGCAGGAUAUGGAAAUACCAAGGUUAUGAUGUUUAACCUUGUUUUCUAACUUUUUAAACACAUAAUAAAUGGGAAGCUUAUUUUUGAGUUGCUACAUUUUAACUGUGUCUAGUUUUUAUUCUGAUGUUUACUUCUAGUGUUCAUUGCUGCUCUUCUGUGUUUGUGUGAUUUUCUUCCAGUUCCUAUAGUGGUAUUUUUGUUGGCUUUUAUAAUGGUCAGCCUUUGUUGAAGGAGGCAAGUCAGUGGAGUCCAUUGUACUUCUUAUGGAGAGCUACAACAUCUUCUGAAGCUUUAUUACCCCUGAUGGGUAAACUUGGCAUUUACAAUGGGUUGUAUUUGCCAGGCAAGGAUUCUUAUUGCUUGUCAAAAGGAAAGAACCUAUACCAAAGGUUUCAAGUCUGAACAGAUAUGUUGGGUUGUUGUUUUUUGCAACAAUUAUAUUUUGGAAUAAGGGAUUGAAAAGCAGGCGUGGAUUUCACAGCCAGCAACUGAAAAAUGCCACUUGAUGGCUAUGUCGACUUUUAAAAAAUAAAAUGAAUUUUGUUUAAAAAAUACUUUUAAACAAAACCAGACAUUAAAACAUUACUAAAUUAUAUAGCCAUUAUGAAUGCAGAGAAACACUGGAAGUCUUUCUGAGAUCAUGAUAAAGCACAGAGUGUUUCACAUUUUUACGUUUCUUCUACAGACAUGGGGUUUAUAGGAAUGGGUUUUUAGAAUUUUUAACCAUUUCCUGAACUUAUUUGUGAGACCAUCUUUCCAUUGCCUUAUGUAUCAACUGCAUAAAAUGAAGACCUAUUCAAACCUUGUGUUUGUGCAGAAACAGUCAUCAUGUUGAACUGCAAUUGCAAGUCAUCUAAAAUAACCUGUUAGACCAAGUUUUGGUGACAACUAAAGAAGUAUUGUACCGUUAACGUACUUAAAAUACAGAUGCUGUUAAACCAUCUGUAGAGGAUGAGAAAUCUGUCUGGAUUUGUGUGUAAUUCUGACCUAGAUUGCUGUUUAAAAGUUGUAGAAUGCCAUUUGUUUUUUUCAUAGUGUAAGACCAUCUUCAUUCAGUUUUCUUUUUACAAAGGCUUGACAAAAUAAUGUGACUUGACUGACUUUGAAGAGUAAAUUAAGACAUUGAAAUUCUUUACUUUACACGUUAUAUCUAAUUUUGAUUUUGUGACUAUUUAAAACAAAACAAAAAGACCGUAUCACUGAAACCCUCAACUUGUGCACUCUCCAGAUGGGAUGGGAGACAACAUGUAUCUUUCUCAACUGUCUUCUUCUUUUGGACACUUUUGUGGCUCAAGUGCUGUUUUGUGUGUUGGGACCAAACAGUUGUCAAUAAAAUUUUCAAGCAAGCAUGUAAA